AUGCCUAUCAACAAUACGAAGUUCGCAAGUUAUACCGAAGUUAUAGUAGCCGAUUCAGAAUUUGAAGACUUGGGUGAGCAGCUCCCGCGGUACCGGCCUGACUCCAUCGCAGCUUUGCGGCGGCUGACAAGGUUCACAGAACCAGAGCUAAAGAGACUCUAUCGAGGGUUCAAAGCAGAAUGCCCAACCGGUGUCGUCCGAGAAGAAACCUUCAAACUUAUAUACUCCCAGUUCUUUCCACAAGGAGGUAAGUUAUCAUCCGUCUAA